CUGUGGAACUGGGCAAUUAGUGUAUCCAUGGCAGACUGACCACGACUUCCAACUUAGUUAGCGGAGCAAAAUGAGUGCGCUUAGCUGGACCGUCGCCAUCAAGGUAUUGCUCGUCGUGUGUGCAAUUGGCAAAAGUACCACCUCCUCCCCAUCAGAAUCGCGAUAUAAAUGGACGACGCUGGACUGGCUGGAGGCCCAGAAUGUCAGCCACGAAUUGCACAAUGUGACCACGGAGGAUGGCUAUCAGCUGCAGGUGCAACGCCUACCACGACUGGGAGCUAAGCCCGUGCUCCUGGUCCACGGACUGCUCGGUUCCUCUCUGGGAUGGGUCUGCCUGGGGCCAGAACGAAGUUUGGCCUUUCAGCUGUACCAUCGCGAGUACGACGUGUGGCUGGCGAAUCUGCGCGGAGUGUCGCCCUACGGACGCAGGCACAUCGACUUGACCGACGUGAUGGCUGAGUUCUGGCGCUUCAGCUUCCACGAGCACGGCGCCUACGAUUUGCCGGCCAUAAUUGACCACAUGGCGGAGGUCACAGGCGGCGAGCAGCAGGCCCGCGGAGGAGGAGGAGAGACUGGAGGUCAAGGGUCGGAUGAGGAGGAGAAAGUGCCGCGCCAGGUGCUGCUAAUUGGACACUCGCAGGCCUUCAACGCGUUCCUGGUGCUCUGCGCACUGCAUCCCCGCUUCAACCAGCGCAUUCAGCUGAUGCAGGCCAUGGCGCCCCUGGCUCGACUGCAUCGCCAGGUGCGCUUCGACUCCUUCCAGGUGCGCCACCUCAUGAAGUUUGUCAAGAAACGUCAGAAGGGAAACAAGUUUGAGAUCUUUCCACCUGGAUAUUUUCGAAAAAUAUGUCAAAGUAAACGUGAGAACUGCGAGUAUUACGCCAAGCAGUUGGUGGGCAGCGCCCACAGCAAUAAACAGCUACUAGAAGCCUUCAACUAUGAAAAUCUUUUGCAAGGCGGUUCUACGAGGGAGAUAAAACAUCUACAGCAGAUAUGGAAAUCGGGUGACUUUAUUUCGUACGAUUUCGGUACAGUGGAGAAUUUGCAGACCUACCACGGAGUAGAAGCACUUACUUACAAUAUAAGUCAGAUUACUGUGCCGAUCGUGUUGUAUUUCGGGGAAACCGAUGCUAUUGCCACGCCAGAAGGUGUGCAUGGCAUUUAUGCCCGAAUGCUGAAGUCAGUGAAGAGUGUGAGGAGAAUUAACUCCCCAAAAUUCAAUCACUUGGAUUUUCUUAUCUCAAACGACGUCAAAAGCCUAGUCAACGACAAAGUAAUCGAGCAAAUGGAACAGUUUCUCGGGGGCCGAUUACCGUACGUAAUUGAAUGACCGCCAAAAGAAAGGUGUUGGAACCCAUUAAAAUUGAAAUGACAAAUAAUAAUUGCCCGGCCAAAUGCUUUAUUUGCUUUGGCAGUCGUCCCAAAUGCCAAUUAUGUAAUGCGGUAGCCAGACCAUAAAAUAUAUACAUAUAUAUGUAUAAUUCAUAAAGCCAGCCGCCACAACUGGUCGACACUUUUACUUUCUUUUGAUGGCCAACAAAAAAAGUAUCUGUUUUCAGUGUCUUUUGUGCUGCUUUAGGCCAAAAAAAGGUUUGGGCUAUAAAGCCAUUUCGGUGGUAAAACGACAAAGCAGAAAUAAUGAUAAUUACCUUAAUGGAAGUGUUUUGACUGGCUUUUCAAAAUUGGGUGAUGCACACUAAAUAAAUAUUGUGAUUUUAUUA